UUCUCUGCUCUUACAUUUCAAGAGACGACCGACUCUCUGGUUGUAGGGGGGGGCGGGGGGCGUAAAAAGAAAGAAACGGACAAGAAACCGAUCGAUUCGCAGCGGGCUGCAGGUUCCUGAUCUCUAAAGCGACAGAACCCCACAGCACAACCAUGGAUGACAUCUUCACACAGUGUCGAGAGGGGAACUCUGUGGCGGUUCGUCUGUGGCUGGACAACACAGAGAAUGACCUGAACUUGGGUGACGACCACGGCUUCAGCCCCCUCCACUGGGCGUGCAGGGAAGGGCGCGGCGGAGUGGUCGACAUGCUCAUCAUGCGAGGCGCUCGUAUUAAUGUGAUGAACCGCGGAGACGACACUCCGUUACACCUCGCCGCCAGCCACGGACACAGAGACAUCGUGGCAAAGCUGAUUCAGUGCAAGGCCGACCCCAAUACAGUCAACGAGCAUGGAAACACACCACUGCACUACGCCUGCUUCUGGGGCCAAGAUGAAGUGGCAGAGGACUUGGUGACCAUCAGUGCCCAGGUGUGUGUGUGUAACAGGUAUGGACAGACCCCUCUGGACAAGGCCAAGCCCCAUCUGAGACAGCUGCUUCAAGAGAAGGCAGAGAAAAUGGGUCAGAGUACGACUAAAGUACCCUACAAGGAAAGCUUCUGGAAGGGAACCAUGCGAACACGACCUCGUAACGGUACCCUCAACAAGAAGGCGGGUAUUGAUUUCAAGCAGCUUUCGCUCCUGGCAAAGAUCAAUGAAAAUCAAUCUGGAGAGUUAUGGCAGGGUCGGUGGCAAGGGGAUGAGAUCAUCGUGAAGGUGCUCCAGGUGAGAGACUGGACCACCAGGAAGAGCAGAGACUUCAACGAGGAGCAUCCAAAACUCAGGAUUUUUUCUCAUCCAAACAUUCUGCCUGUUCUGGGGGCCUGUCAGUCACCUCCAUCCCCUCACCCCAUCAUCAUCACCUACUACAUGCCCUAUGGAUCCCUGUUCAACAUCCUGCACCAGGGCACCACUCUGGUGGUUGACCAAAGCCAAGCAGUGAAGUUUGCACUGGACAUUUCCAGCGGCAUGGCUUUCCUUCACACCUUGGAACCGAUGGUUUCACGGCUUUACCUCAACAGUAAGCACAUCAUGAUUGAUGAGGACAUGACAGCCAGGAUAAGCAUGGCCGAUGCUAAAUUCUCCUUCCAGUGUCCUGGUCGGAGUUACUCCCCAGCAUGGAUGGCCCCCGAAGCUCUGCAAAAGAGGCCUGAAGACAUCAACAGAAGAUCUGCUGACAUGUGGAGCUUUGCUGUGUUGCUGUGGGAGCUGGUGACCAGGGAGGUCCCUUUUGCUGACCUCUCACACAUGGAGAUAGGCAUGAAGGUGGCUCUCGAAGGUCUCCGGCCGACCAUUCCUCCAGGGAUUUCCCCUCAUAUCUGUAAGCUGAUGCGGCUGUGCAUGAACGAAGACCCCGCCAAGAGACCCAAGUUUGACAUGAUCGUCCCCAUUCUGGAGAAGAUGCAAGACAAGUGAACGCCUGCACAGCAAUCUGUCCCGUCCCGUUAAGACGUUGUUGUUUUAUAAUCAUCAAACCACUUCACUUCAAUAAUGUAUCUGCUAAGCCACUGUAAAUAAUGUCAGAGACCACUUUUCAAGAAAUAAUUUAAACAAUACUUAUAUUGCUGUUCUUGUAUAAAUUAAAUUAGAGGUAUAAAUGUUCUUCCGCCCAUGUGCUCUUAUAUUACGGCUGAAACAUGUUCACUGGAAUAUAGGCAAACUUUUGAAUCCAGUGUGGAUUAUAUUCAGUGUCAGCGACGAGUCCGACAGAAACAGAUCCAAAGAAAUGUGUGUAGGAACAAUGCUUUUAUACACGUCAGCGAAUACCAAUGCAAUAAAUGUUUUAUAUUUAUGACAAA